GGCAGCAAGUUAUCGAUUAGCACCGAUACGAACGGUUGAUUUCAGCUGGUUGUGUUGUUUUUAAUAAGCGAAUACAAUCUCUUAAAUAAUACUAAUAACCCAAUACCCGGUACCCCGCACCCCGCACCCUGCACCACGCACCAGUAACCGGGACGAGGAGUCUACCGCAGCUGUGCUGACCAGAGAUACCAGCCGAUGCAGGGAUAGUCCAUUUCAUCACAAUGGGCAAAGAUUACUACAAGAUUUUGGGCAUCGAGAGGAACGCGUCCAGCGACGACGUCAAGAAGGGCUACCGCCGGAUGGCGCUCCGUUACCAUCCGGACAAGAACGACCAUCCCCAGGCCGAGGAGCACUUCAAGGAGGUGGUGGCCGCCUUCGAAGUCCUGUCCGACAAGGAGAAGCGCCAGAUUUACGAUCAGUUCGGUGAAGAGGGCCUGCGAAUCGGUAACGAACCGGCGACCUUUGCCCAGCCCACGUCCGACAUGCUGCCCUUCAUGUGCGCCGUCGGCGGGACCGUGCUCUUCGCCUUUGCCGCCUACAAGACCUUCCAGUUCUUCACCAGGAAAAAGGAGCCGGCCGCCAAUAGCGAUGGAUCGACAUCGGACUGAGGCCACGACUUUUUGAGUAGCCAUCCGCGGACUUUAUAAAAGAAUCUACUAAGGAACAACGCUGCAAUAGUUUUAAUUUUCACUUCUAGUGAUAAGUUUCAUAGACGUAACUUGUGUGUUUUAUGAUAUUAUUAGUCAUAUUCAUCGAAUGUGCAACUGCAUAGCAUAACUUAUAUUGUUAACAAACAUGUCGGAAAUAUACGGUACCCACAAGAUGAGAUUAAAGGCA